CUCAUCAGCUGAUGCGCCACAGCCGCGUCUAUUUAACGCUGCUGGUUCAGACCGCUGGUCCAUCACACACACACACACACACACUCUCACACACACAACAUGCCUCCGUUUGACAAGCAGCUGCCGAACAAACCGUUCAAACUGAGGAAGAGCUUCGUGACCAGGAAACAAGAAGCGGCGGGGAUCCGGACCAAGUUCUCCAACAAGAUCCCGGUCAUCAUCGAGCGCUACGAGCGGGAGAGGUACCUGCCUCCUCUGGACAAAACCAAGUUCCUGGUGCCGCACGAGCUCACCAUGACCCAGUUCGUCACCAUCAUCAGGAACAGGAUGGCUCUGCUGCCCACUCAGGCCUUCUACCUGCUCAUCAACAACAGCGGGCUGGCCAGCAUGUCUCUCACCAUGGCCCAGGUGUACAAGGACCACCAGGACGAGGACGGCUUCCUCUACAUGACCUACGCCUCGCAGGAGACGUUCGGACUCUGACGCGACGCGCCGAGAGUUUUAUUCACUGCCGGCCUCCAAAUCUGCUGUAAAUAGAAAAUAUCAUGUAUUUAUUGUAAUAUUUGUUGUAAACGUUGGUGUCAGAAGGAUUUUAAUAAAAGUACGUGGAUCCAAUAAAU